GAAAGCAAAAUAUGUAACUUUACACAAAAGUGUACCUUUUGAUUUUCUCAAAAAAUAAAAAGUUCAAUCAUUAACCUUGUCAGACUGAAAAAUAUCACUUAAUUAGAUCCUCUGCUUCGAAGAUCUUCUCGAGCCUUAAACCCGUUGCUUCUUAUUAGAUCUUCUUGAAUAUUAAAAACUCUGUUUAAUAGUAAUAGUCAAAUCGCUACCAAAGAAAAAGAAAAACUAAUCAAAGAAGGAGAAAGAAAGAAAGAAUGGUUGAAAGGAGUGAGAAGGGUUCUUAUGCGCGUAAAGACAUGGAAUUUUUCAAGGUUUAUCUUCCAGAGUUCAGUUCUCGGAAACUGGUGAUACCUCCAGCAUUCGUAAACAUCUUAGAGAAGCUAUUACCUAACCAAGUGGGACUAUUAGAUGAGAUCGGACGUUUAUGGAAAGUGGAGACAAAGACUGAAGAAGGAGUUGGUGAUGUUGUUUUCAAAAAAGGUUGGGAAAAAUUCGCAAACGAUCACUCUCUCGAGUUUGGAGACUUUCUUGUGUUCAGCUACGACGGCGUUUCAAGAUUUUCCGUUAAGAUAUUCGAUAAGAACGGAUGUAAAAAAUAUCUCGUUGCCGUUACAACGGCGGAUAGAUCUAGGGUUGCUGUUGAGAAAGAACCGGUUCAUGUUAAACCGGUUCAUGAUAUUUCUACCAAACGUUGUGGCAAGAGUCGGAAACGCGUUUCGGUUAAGGAAGAGCCUAGUGGUAACCGGGUUAUACAUCCUUGUGAGAUGGGAUGUGUUCCUGAGAAUAAGAAACACAAAGGAUUUGAGGAACCGGUUUAUAAACCGAAGAAUCCACAUUUUGUGAGGAAUAUUACAAACUGUUUUCGUCAGAUGGAAAUACCGACAACUUUUCUGAAAUCGAACGGGAUCGAAAUGGAGGAAGACUUUGAGCUAUGUGAUGAAAAUGGAAAGAAGUGGCCAAUGAAGGUUGUGAUUCACGACAGAGGACAAAGGUUCUCCCCUGGUUUGUGGUUGAGUUUCUGCCGAAGCCAUAAGUUGAGCACGUCCAAUAAGUGUUUAUUUGAGUUCAUCGUGAGAAGUGAUGGGACAUGCAACCAGGUUUUAGUUCGUAUCUUCCGUGGGAGAAUGCUUAAUACUGUUACCAUAAAUAGUUACCAAGUUCUUGCUAUGUAACCUUUAACAUUCAGCAGUACUACUACGUUAUGUUCGGUUCUUUCAUGAAUCUUUGUGUUA